AUGCUAUCUACUUACUAUGAUCUGUCUCUGAAUGGCUUCAAGGCCCCCGCAAAGGGUGUGCGGGAAGAGGUGGUGGCAGGCGUGAGUUACGUCACCGCGCUCUCGCAUGAUGCGUUAGAGAGGAAGAUGGAUAUUAUGUUCACCAUCCUCAUGGAAAAGAUCGAAGCGGUUCAGCCUUCAGUAAAUCGUACGCUUCCUGAGUUAGAUUCCGAUGACGAUUGCUUAGGCUCUGGGGAUAUUAACUUGGAAGGCUCUGACGUCUGUUCUUCGUGGAAGACCCCAAUAAGACCGGGGGAGGAACUACUUUCUCCAUCAGAAUUUGAUUUCCUACCACAGGUAAAACAAGCUGAUCCACUGAUGCCAGAACCCAUCACACAGAUAAAGAGGGAAGGCAUCGAGUACCAGCGGUUGGGCAUGGAGGGGUGGAACCGAAUUCGUUACAAAGAAGUGGACAAACUCCUUCUAGCGGCACCAGUUUUUAGCUCACUAAAACUUAAGCUCACUAAAAUUUACAGAGUU